CAGCCAUCGCAAAAUAUUCGACCUCCAACGUCCUCGUUCAAUCCGUCGCAGAAAAACCCCUCCCAAAAAGCCGUCAAUAUGCAUCUCAUGUACACUAUGUCGCCCGAGGGCAAGCGCGUCUACACCCUCAAGAAGGUCAAGGAUGGCGAGGUCACCAAGUCCGCCCACCCUGCCCGUUUCUCUCCCGACGACAAGUACUCAAGACAUCGGGUUACCCUUAAGAAGCGCUACGGUCUGCUUCUGACGCAGCAGAACAACGCUAAGGCUGCCACCUCCUAAAUCUUUCCAGACACCUCAAUGUGACGUAAAAGACGGAAUAGGCAGGCGGUUGGGAAACAAUCUCCUUCAGUUAUUUUUUUGGGCGUUGGUGUUCGGGAACGAAGAUGGCUCGAAAAGCUUUGUUUAUACCGGGUGUUCAGAAUAACAUGUAGAGAGGCAUGGAAUUACUCCGUCCACCUUCGCAUCUCUCCUGGAAAAAGACCGUUUUUGACUUUUCUUUCAAUGAAUUGACUCUGUUUAAACCUC